UACUCGCCGCUUCCCAAACCGCGCCGCCAACCGUCUUGCGCCUUACGCCACCGCUAAGGCGCCGGAGACAGCGUGGCAGCACGACCUGUAUGCAGAUCAGGCUGUGGGAGCUUUCCCUGCGCAGGGUGGUCGAGCGUCGUCGAUUGAAACGGGGACCAAGCUAUACAUCUCGAAUUUGGAUUACGGUGUUUCUAACGAUGAUAUCAAGGAAUUAUUUUCUGAAGUUGGUGACUUGAAACGGCACACUGUUCAUUACGACAGGAGUGGGAGAUCGAAGGGUACAGCGGAAGUAGUCUUCUCGCGGAGAGCUGAUGCUGUAGCUGCAGUGAAGAGGUACAACAACGUGCAACUGGAUGGGAAACCAAUGAAGGUAGAGAUUGUUGGAACGAACAUCACAACACAAGCUGUUGCUCCUGCUGCAAAUGGAGGUUUUGGAAAUUUGGGUGUAGUUCCCAGAAGUGGACAAGGGAGAAGUGGAGGGCCAUUAGUACGACCACGUGGUGGUGGAAGUAGAGGACGUGGCCCUCCUCGAAGAGGUCGAGGGCGUGGAAGAGGUCGUGGCGGCGAGAAGGUAUCUGCGGAAGAUCUUGAUGCUGAUUUGGAGAAGUACCAUUCAGAGGCAAUGCAAUUAAACUGAAGAAAUUACCCGUGUUAUAUUUUCUUGGUAUUACCGUUGUGGUUAUUGGGGCUUGGUGAUGGAACACUGCCUACUUAUGUAACUUUAUCCCAUGCUUUUAGGGGAAAAAGGGGAAGGACAACUUCUAGAGUGAACUUUUUCCGUUGAUAUAUGUAGUUUGGGAUUUUUGUAGUCAAAUAUUUAUUUUUCUUGACUACGACUGAAAUGUGGGUAAAGAAACAAAGUCAGGAUGUAAUAUGCAGUCGGGCUUGCUUUCAUUGGCUUUAAUCAAUUUUUAUUCAGCAAGUAUGGAUGUGGAAUCUGUGAUCUCGUCUAUCCAUGCACAAAGAAAGCUUUGGCUUCAAAAUGUGGAAGGCUGCAGAUUUCUCCCACUGCUGUCUGCUGCUUUGUGUUUUGAUUAGACUGUAACUGUGGAAUCAUCAAAGAAGGUAGCUUUCCCUGUUGUUGCCUCCUCCCCCCAGAAUGACAAAGCUCCUUGAAUCUCUCUUGGUAGUAUCAUUUUUCCUGUGCUAUUAAUUUUUUUAUAUGAUGGUAUACCAUGUUGAGUUUUUCUUA